CUUUUGUAUUUAGGACAAAUGACCAAGGUUGAACCAUUCCUGUCACGGCAGCAUUUUGAGACUUUAAUCCAUGAUUUAAUCCAAAUCGUUUAGACUACUGUAUGCGGGCUGAGCCAGUUGUACUCAAAGAGGAGGUUAACCGAGCGUUUUCAGUCGCUGCCCCCAAACUGUGAAACGACCUACCUUUGCGGAUAAGACAAUCCGACUCAUUUCCUGUUUUUUAAAUCAUCUCUUAAAACAAUGUUUUUCUCUUUAGCUUUUAUUUCGGUUUGAGAUGUUGCCUUUUAUUGUUUUCAUUGCUUUAUGACCUUAACUGUUUUAUUGCUUUGACUGUGUUUAUUUGAUUUUAUUGUUUCGGAAUUGUGUGUGUGUUUUAUCUCGUGUUUUAUUUGAGGUGUACAGCACUUUGAUUAACGGUGUUGUUUUUAAAGGGCUUUACAAAUAAGGUUAUUGUAGAGCGCUGUAUUGUAUUGCACUAGUAUCGUUUUAUUAAACUCUUUCGCCAUAUAAUUUGGCCAAACACGCGAACUUUAAAUUGGGUUUAUUUUGUCGAGGACACGUUAUUUUAUUAAUUUAGGAGGAACGUCUUCUUUUUCGUUGUUUCCACCGUGUCCUAUUUGAAGCGCACCGUGGAGUUUUUGUUUCCUUAGCAACAGUCCCAGCGAUAGCAACUAUGUAUGUAUCACAUUUAUCAACAAACAGGCAGAUGUAACAGUUCAAACUAAUAGUAGCCGGUCUGUUCUCGGUUUACUGUAUGGCGGACAGACACAGCGAACGGUAGCCAUAUUGUUUUUUCCGUACAAAAUGUCUUUUCAGGAACCAUCUCGUCCCUCCGAUGAAGAUGAGGAUUUUUACAUGCAAUGUCGAGCUGCUUAUCUUGCUGUGUUUCGAUCAAGUUUGGCAAAUAUUUCUUCAAAGCAGCAGUUAUGUCGGGUUCUCCAGCAGGCUGGUAGAAAUCCGUCCCAUGCUACCCUUAAUAAAUACUGGACUUCUAGAACAUCUAAGCUAAACUUUGAUGACUUCUGCGAGAUUCUGAAAUGUGAGAGGAAAACCGAGGAAGCUGAGCUAAUGAGGGCUUUCAGAAAACUGGACGUGAAGUGUGACGGCUACAUCACACACAGCGUACUGGAGAAGGCUCUAACCUCUAGAGGUGAGAAGAUGACAGCUGAGGAGGUGAAUGCUGUUUUCUCAUUGGCAGAUAUAAACAGGGAUGGCAAACUGGACUAUGCUGAGUUCUGCAGGCGACUUGUAUCUACAGUGGAGCAGUCUCAGACGGCUGCUUUGGAGAAGCUAGAAGCUGACGCUAAGCUAAAGAGGCAGAACUUUGGCAGCCAGUUGUACAGCCCUCCUAAAAGCUCAGUGGCAUCAGCGUCAUCUGUAUCAGUAGCGCAACAUGCAGAAUCAGACUCCACUGUGAAGAAAGACAGCCAGUCCUCCUCUCGUCCUUCGGCUCGCAGCAGACGGUCCUCCCUGUCAAACUCAAUCACAAUGACAUCCAGCAGCAGUAAGGCGGGCAAAGUUCUAGAACCUCCAGGUUUACAGGAAUGGCACCACAGCUAUAUGAAAGGCUGCUUCUUUGUGGAGGAUAAUGGGAGUAUUAGCUCUCUGCAGUACCACCUUCAUCUCUCUGAGACAACCAGCGUCUAUCUAACCAUCCAGCCACUGAGCCUCAGCCACAGACCCGACAAGCCUCCAACAUGGAUGAAUGUGGACACAGCUCUUUUUGUCAUGUCAGCUUGUGAAACCAAAGAGGACUCUGCUUUAGUUUGUUUCACCGAAUCAAAAGACAAAGGAAAGUAUGUUUGGAAAGGAGAACUAAAUGCCGGGUCAUACCACCUGCUUCCCUUCAGCACCGGCUGCAGACUAAAGAAGCAAAGCAAGAAUAACUUUUCGGAUAAAUCUGUUGAACUUGUCUACAAGACUGACACGGGAGAACUAGACCUCACCAGCGAGCUGAGGGAGGUGCUGUCUGAAAUCUUUGAGGUGAUCGACCUGGAUGGUAACGGCUUGCUAAGCCUGGAGGAGUACAACUUUUUUGAGCUGAGGGCCAGUGGGGAGAAGUGUGACAAGGAUGCCUGGACCGUGUGUAAAGAAAACUUUGAUAUGAGAAAAAACCAGCUGACACGGCAAGGUUUUAUGGAGCUGAACAUGAUGGAGGCCACCGAGAAAGAUGGAGACCCCGCAGACUUGUGGGUGACCCUGGAAUCUAUGGGUUACAAUCGUAUGCUGGAGUUAGUAGAGGCAUGUCCGUUCCAAAUAGAUGUUUACUGUGAAGGCACUCAGCCGUCCAUGCAGCCACUUAGCAUGGACUCCAAGCUUUUGAACCAAGCUCUCCAGAAGUCCAUCACCUCGAGGUGUGGGGCCAAAGCACUGCGGGGGCAUGGCAACGUCUUUAUCUACACCUACAGAGAAGACCACCGGAUUUCCUCCCUCAUAGCCAACAAGGUUUCAAUCUGACCGAAGCUGACACCAGUGCCCCUGUCCAUAGUGAAGGGAGAGUUGAACAUAGGCUCAGAGGGUACUACCAAGAAAGAAGGACCCGCUCCAGAAUCAACGCCUCCAUGCUUGUCUGUAAUUUGCAGCUGCCCACUUGGUCAAGCCAGAUUUUCUCUGGAGAAAAGUUUCAUGGUCAGACAAAAUAAAGUGAGCUUUUUAUCCACAAUGAGAAUUAUGUUUGAGUAGCUAAUGUGAGGUUUUAACUUCAGAACAUUGUUCAAACUGUCAGGCAUGAUAGUGGUAGCAUGAUGCUGAGGGUCUGUUUCGCAACCAGUGGCACUGGUGAAUUAUAGCCAGACAGAAUUAUACGUGAAGCUUGAAGAUGGUUGUAAGGAAGUUGUUUUUUCUACAACAGGGUCAGAGACAUUUAUCCAAAUAUUAGUAAGGGUGUAUGUAUAUAUUUGAGCCUUUAUGUAUAUUGUAGCCCUGCGUAGAUUAGAGACGGUGGUAGGGGUUUGUCUUGUAACCGGUGGGUUGCCAGUUUGAACUUACGUGUCUCAGUCAUUGUGUCCUUGGGCAAGACACUUCACCCGCCUUUCCUGCUGAUGGUGGUCAGAGUGCUCGGUGGUGCCGAUAGUUGGGCAGCCUCAUUUUUGUCAGUCUGCCCCAGGCCAGCUGUGGCUACAAUGUAGCUUACCACUGUCAGUGUGUGAAUGUGUGUAUGAAUGGGUGAAUGACUGAUUGUAGCAUGAAGUGCUUUGCGGUCCUUGGACCUGAUCAAGCGCUAUACAAGCGCAGGCGGUUUACCAUUAAAUUCGAACUUGUGCACCUGGUUCUUUUCAGAAUGUGUAUGUUUUUAAUAUGUUUUCUGUAACCCAUUGACCUCUGUUGGGUGAGCAUUAAGAGUUAUAUGAACUACAUUUCCCAGGAUUUCAGUCAAUGCUAUCUGUAACCACUGGAGUCUAUUCA